AUGGCAUUAAUUGCAGUAAAGAUUGAAGAGAAUUCUCUACGUCGGUCUAUUAAAAUGGUUGAAAAUGAAGCCCCAGAACCAAGGCGUGUGAAAAGGCGUAGAAGAGAUCUUACAUUGGAUUGCAAAAGUCAACAGUUGCAGACAAGUCAGCAGACGGACCAAGCGUCACCAUCCACUGUGAAAAGAAGUUCUAAGUUUCGUGGUGUAAGCAAACAUCGAUGGACAGGCAGAUAUGAAGCACAUUUGUGGGAUAAACUUUCCUGGAACGUUACACAGAAAAAGAAAGGAAAACAAGGAGCUUAUGACGAGGAAGAAUCGGCAGCCAGAGCAUAUGAUCUAGCUGCCCUCAAGUACUGGGGAUCAUCAACUUUCACUAAUUUUCCAGUAUCUGAUUAUGAGAAAGAAAUUGAAAUAAUGCAGAAUGUAACAAAGGAAGAAUAUCUAGCCUCACUAAGGAGGAAGAGCAGUGGAUUUUCAAGAGGAGUUUCAAAAUAUCGUGGUGUGGCAAGGCACCACCACAACGGAAGAUGGGAAGCCCGAAUUGGAAGAGUUUUUGGAAACAAGUAUCUCUACCUUGGAACUUAUGGCACCCAAGAAGAGGCGGCUCGUGCUUAUGAUAUAGCAGCAAUUGAGUACAGAGGGGUGAACGCCGUGACCAAUUUCGAUUUGAGUACUUACAUCAGAUGGUUGAAACCAGGAACACAAACUCCAGCUGCCUUUCAAGAGCCAGAGACACAACCAGAGCUAACUGUUACACCUUUUAAUAACUUUGGUUAUAUAGAAGAAUCAGAGGCACCGUUCCUGGAUUAUAGUAACUCUACAAUUGAAAAGGCAAGCUUACCUCAGAAACAAGAAAUGUUUGAAACCAACUUUCCGUUUAGUCCAGGCAAAAAAUCAUCUCCAACAGCACUAGGACUGCUAUUUCAGUCAUCGAUCUUCAGAGAUCUCGUCCAGAAAAACCUAAAUGGCUGUGACGACGAAGAUGAUGAUGCAGAAGAGAAGAAAGAACCACAAAUGGUCAAUGAUGAAGAGUACACCGGAUUAUUUUAUGAGGCAGAUGCUACUUUCCCAUUUAUGAUCUCCCCAAAUUAUAAGCUCUGA